CUUCCCAGAGCCCACUCCCACCCCCGGGCCCAAUUUCCCAAACCAGCCCAAUUUUUUAACCCUCAGCCCAUUCUUUGAUAGCCCAAUGCUCGCCCACCCACAGAUACUCUAGCCCACUGAAACCACAAUACCACAUCUUCUCCAAACCCUACCCUCACUUGUGUCCCGCCAACCCAUCCUCUCCAACCUCACAUAGCGGCCGCCACCGCUUCACAGUCCGCCAUCAAAUCGCCAUCGUUCCGUCAUCUUCUCCUUCACGCGGACACCACGACGGAAGAGGAGAGGAGAUCGCCGACAUGCAAAGUCCAUCCACAGCUGAUCCGACCGGGAGGCGGAGCAAAGAACGGUCAGUAGAGGCGGAGAGGGAAGUCGGAAAUCGAGGUAGAGAGCGGAGCCGGAGAGGCAAGAGCCGGAUAGAGGAAUUGGUGGCUACUGUCUUAUGCGGAUUCUUCCGAGAGGAGGGAGAUAGUGGCGGCGGUGGGAGACAGGCAGAGCGCUCAGUAGGGGCGGCGAGGAAGUCGGAGAUCGAGAGAUUGGUGACGGCCGUUUCUCGUAAAUUCUUCUGAGAGAGCAAUAGAUAGAGAGGAGGGAGAGAGUAGCGGUAGAGAAGGGAGAGAGUGGUGGCGGAGAAUGAGGGGGAAAAAAGAGGAGGCGAGUGAGGCGAUGAUAUUUCGGUUAGCGCCUUGAAACCGGACCGAACCGAAAUAUAAUUUGUUUCGACGAAUUCGGUUGGAGGAUAUCUGCGUUCGGAACAUCGGUACAUGCCAGUUCGGUUCGGUUCAAACCGAACCGAGCGAACGCCCACCCCUACUUCUCAGUCUCAUGGCUUCUCCAAUCCAGUAGGCUCCCCCUACUCUCUCUCUCCCUCUUCCCAAAUCGAUUUGUUUUUUCGGGGUUAUUAUAAGUUUUCAUGAUUUCCUCUGGCGAUUGGCGUUUUUCCUCCAAACGAUUGGUGUCACAUUAAUAUUCACCCCUAAAACAACCACCCUGUACCUUAGGCCACCUAUUUCAAUCUUACAACUAAAGGCGUACGUAUCAGUAUCACUAAUAAAGGUCUCAUUGUUAG